AUGAAAUUUCCAGGUAAAGGGAGACUAGGACGUCUCACAAUGCCUGAACCGGAAAGCCUACCCAAUUUAGAUCUUGACGAUAAAUGCAUGAUGAAAUUUUCGGAAAAUGAUGAAGAAGUACAAGUACGAGCUCAAGACCUAGAAAAGAUUGGAGAGCUUGGAAGGGGAGCGUAUGGAAUAGUUGAAAAAAUGCGUCAUCGACAAACGAAUAUGAUUAUGGCAGUUAAACGCAUUCAUUCUCAAAUAAACGAUGAAAGCCGAAAACGAAUGCUUGUAGAAUUGCAAGCUUGCAUGAAAAGUGAUUGUUGUCCACAGAUGGUGCGUUUCUAUGGUGCCAUGUUUCGUGAAGGUGAUGUAUGGAUUUGCAUGGAAGUAAUGGAUACAUCGUUGGAUAAGUUUUAUCGACUGUGUUUCGACUCAGGUCGCCUUUUGCCAGAAAUGUUCAUCGCUAAAUGUGCUCUUUCAGUUAUUGAGGGUCUGAAUUUUAUGAAAGAGCAGAUGAAUCUGAUACAUCGCGAUGUAAAACCCUCUAAUAUACUGUUAAAUCAGCAUGGAGCUGUGAAAAUUUGUGAUUUUGGAAUUUCUGGUCAUCUGACGAAUUCUGUUGCCAAAACAGUAAAUGCUGGUUGUAAACCUUACAUGCCACCGGAACGUAUUGAAGGGGAGAAGAAGGUUGCUUACGAUGUUCGAGCUGAUGUUUGGAGUUUAGGUAUCACACUGGUAGAAAUAGCCUUAGGAUCCCAUCCGUAUUCUAAGUGGAAGACGCCAUUUGAACAACUGAAACAAGUUGUACAUGAACCGGCACCAAGAUUGACGUGUAAUUUGGGAUUCACAGAUAAUUUUCGGGAUUUCGUUGCCCAGUGCUUAACGAAAGAUUACAACAAGAGGCCUAAAUAUCCGGAUUUGUUGGCCCAUAGGUUUCUGGAUGAUGCACGUAAUGAUCGUGAAUUUUCUAUGGGAGCUUUUAUAAAGCAAAUUUUGGACUUGGUGGAACGUGAACGUAAUGCAGCACUUGCGAAUUUAAUUGAGACAUCCGUUCCUGGAUGUGUCAGUUAA